AUGGCGCGGCGACGUCACCGCGUCACGCAAAGUGGCCGCGCGAUGACGUCGCCCGCCAUGCCCAUUCAUUCCAACAUGGCGGCGCAGAGCGCGACCUCCCCGCGGCCGGGGCCGGGGCCGGGGCCCGGGGCAGGAGAGGCCGCCGCUGGUGCCCCGGGCCCCGGGAGCAGCCUACAGUACUCGGAGCUGCUCCAGCACCUGGUCGGGGAGAAGCGGCAGGUCCACGAGCUGAGCCAAGCGGUGCUCGGCGGCUUCCCCGCGCCCAGCAAGUCAGAGGAGCAGAAGAUGGUGGAGAGAGCAAUGGAGAGCUGCGGCUUCAAGGCGGCCCUGGCCUGCGUGGGGGGCUUUGUGUUGGGAGGAGCAUUUGGUAUCUUCACGGCUGGAAUCGACACUAACGUGGGCUUUGAUCCGAAGGAUCCCAUGCGAACCCCGACGGCCAGGGAGGUUCUGAAGGACAUGGGGCAGCGAGGAAUGUCGUACGCAAAGAACUUUGCUAUUGUGGGAGCUAUGUUCUCCUGUACGGAGUGUGUGAUCGAAUCGUACCGCGGAAAGUCGGACUGGAAGAACAGUGUGCUGAGCGGUUGCGCCACAGGAGGAGUGAUUGGUUUCCGUGCUGGCCUGAAGGCAGGAGUGAUUGGAUGUGGUGGUUUUGCUGCCUUUUCCGCAGUCAUCGACUACUAUUUACGAUGAUAUGACCCGAGCUUUCCCAGUGGGCUGGAAGGCUGGCACUGGCUGUGUGGCCUGGAACUCAGUGAGUCAUGAUGCUGGACAUUGGUACAGUACAGAUGAGUGUGAGUAUGGGGGAGAAGCGUGGAUGUGUGUUAGCCAUGAUGUGCCAGCCACGAACAUGUGCAGCUGAACCCAGCCUUUUCCUCAGCGUGUCACUGUCUUGAUCACAUUGACUUUCUCUGAACGAAGUGGACAGUAUGGGCAGGUCCUCCAGAUGAUAUUCACCAACAUGUAAGUUUGUGCUGUCAGCUUCUCGUACAGUUGAUGUUUAUAAAUAAUCAAUGGAAUACGUGCAAAUCAAUAAAGAUUUAAUAUUGA